AUGAAGCUCAACCCCAAGCAACUUACAACCUUUCUGGCCGCCAACUCAACUGGCGUUGGUGUUCUGGUAUGCCCCGGCGGUGGCUAUAGUGUGAUGUCUAUUAGUUACGAAGGAUUUGGUCCGGCAGAGUACCUCAACACGCUUGGCAUCGAUGCAUGGGUUCUUAAUUACACCACUGCCAGCAUCAAGACCCCGCCACUAUAUCCUACGCCCAUGGACGAAGCUCUUGCAGCGGUAGAGCUCAUUCGAAAGCAGAGCCCUGGAACCAAGAAAUUGGGUGUCAUGGGCUUCUCAGCUGGCGGCCAUCUCGCGGGAACAACACUCACGACUCCGAAGGCAAAGCUCGACUUCGGUAUUCUGAGCUACCCGGUUAUUACCAUGGAGGACGACUACACCCACGAGAACUCACGCUAUAACUUGCUCGGAAACAACCCAACUCGCAAACAGAUUGAAAGCCUCUCCGUACAAAACCGAGUUUCGGACAAGACCCCACCGACGUUCCUCUUCCAUACUUCUAAUGACGAACUCGUCCCGGUUCAGAACACAUAUCUUUAUGCAAAUGCUAUGGCUAAGCAUGGUCGAAAGGUUCAGGUAGUGGUAUUGCCUGACGGAAAACACGGCAUUGGUCUGGGCGUUGAUGACCCUGUGCGAGACUGGAGACCGGAGCUGGAAAGGUUCCUCAAAUACUCGAUCUAG